AUGGAUAUUAGUUUAGCAGAAAUAAUUAAAAAGAAAAAAAUGCAAAAUUUCCAGAAACGAAAUGGAAAAAAUAGAAUACCUAAAAAACGUGGAGCAUUUCAGUCUGUACCAAAGGCAAAUAUUAAAGAUGCUAGAUUGAAGAUAAUACAAAAAAAUCGGACAAAAUUAGUUGAUGCUCGUGAUAAACUAGCGCAGAUUGCUAAAAAAACUGACGCAAGACUUAAGCUGCAAAAGUUGAGAAAACAGAACCUUCCUCAAAAUGUUGGAAAUGGUCGAUUUGCCUUAUCGACUAACAGAAGUGGCCAAAUUAGUUUAUCUACAAAAAGAGAUUUUGUACGGAAACCAGCGGAUUUACAACGACCUGCCAAGAAGGAACUUAUUCCCUCAGAUUUUGUACGCCAGCCAGCUGCGUUACAAUGGUCAGUGAAGAACAAUUGUAUUCGCUCAGAUUUACCUAUAACUAUGACAUUUAAAAAUAAUUAUGCAAUGUCUCGGAUGCCACCAUUGCCUGACAUUGGCAAUCGAUCUUCACUUUGGGAUUCCUCAAUCAGCCGCAAUGUUAAAACUAUUCGCAAGCCACAGUCCAUCAUUCCUAAAGAUUUGCACAUGAAAAUCACUGUUAAUCAAAAUGUACCUGUAAAUCGCAAUAUUAUGGAAAGCCCUGUAGCCAUGGAUAUUGAUGAUGAUGUUGUUGAUGCAAUAUAUGAAAGACCAAGUAGAUAUAGAUCGUUACGAGAAGUGACACCUCCACCAGAAAGACCACAAAAUAGGGCCAUAUCAGGAUGGAACUCAGCUCAUCUUGUUCCUAGAACUAAUACUAUUGAUUUAACUGAUUCUGUCCAUUCAAGACUAGAUUGUAGUCCACCGCGUGUUAGGACUAUGGGUAUUUUAUCAUCAGAAUCUAAAGAUUACUCAAGAAGCCCUCCCAGAAUUCCUAGUCGCAGUAGAACUCAACAGCAGUCCAGACCUGUUCAAAGUUAUAACUUACCACAAGGGUAUAGAAUAGUUGUUAGUAACCUUCAAGCAAAUGUUACCCAAGAGGAUAUUAAGGUGUGUAAUUGUAAACACGUAAUUUAUUGUUAUAUGUUUUAA